ACUCGAGGCGUGAACGUGGCAGCCAUUUUACAUCAUCAAGAGUGAAUGACUGAAGUCGGAUCAGUGCCGGGAGUUUUACACUUUUUCCGUCUUUUAAAUAUCACUUUUAUCUUCCUAUACAAUCAGCACCACACACAUUGGUGUGCCAGUGGCAGAUUUCUGGAGACAUGGCCACAGAACAUAUAAAUGGAAAUGGUCCAGAAGAGCCAAUGGACACCUCUGCUGCAGUUACCCAUUCUGAGCACUUCCAGACUUUAUUAGAAGCUGGUUUACCACAGAAAGUUGCUGAAAAACUAGAUGAAAUUUACAUAGCAGGUUUGGUGUCACACAGUGAUUUAGAUGACCGAGCAAUCGAGGCUCUGAAAGAGUUCAACGAAGAAGGUGCUCUCCAAGUCCUUUUACAAUUCAAGGACAGCGACCUCUCACAUGUUCAGAACAAAAGUGCCUUUCUUUGUGGCGUGAUGAAGACAUACAGACAAAGAGAGAAACAAGGGACCAAAGUGUCGGACACCAACAAAGGACCAGAUGAAGCCAAAAUCAAAGCUCUGCUGGAUCGAACUGGCUACACGCUUGAUGUGACAACGGGACAAAGGAAGUAUGGGGGACCUCCACCAGAGGCUGCCCAUUCUGGAACACAACCCACCAUCGGUACAGAGAUAUUUGUUGGGAAGAUUCCCAGAGACCUGUUUGAGGAUGAGCUGGUUCCGCUGUUUGAGAAAGCCGGCACCAUCUGGGACCUCCGCCUGAUGAUGGAUCCUCUAAGUGGUCUCAACAGAGGCUAUGCUUUUGUGACUUACUGCACAAAAGAGUCUGCACAACAAGCUGUCAAAUUGUGCAACAACAAUGAAAUUCGACCGGGUAAACACAUCGGCGUAUGCAUUUCUGUGGCCAAUAAUAGACUCUUUGUUGGCUCCAUCCCCAAGAGUAAAACAAAAGAGCAGAUUGUCGAAGAAUUUGCUAAAGUUACAGAAGGUCUAAAUGAUGUCAUAUUAUACCACCAGCCAGAUGACAAGAAGAAGAACCGAGGCUUUUGCUUCCUGGAGUAUGAAGACCACAAGACGGCAGCUCAGGCUCGGCGCAGACUCAUGAGCGGAAAGGUCAAGGUGUGGGGAAACGUGGUUACGGUGGAAUGGGCCGAUCCCAUUGAGGACCCAGACCCUGAAGUCAUGGCUAAGGUCAAGGUGCUUUUCGUGAGGAAUCUAGCUACCACUGUUACAGAGGAGGCGCUUGAGAAAACAUUUAGUCAGUUUGGGAAGCUGGAGAGAGUGAAAAAAUUGAAAGACUACGCCUUCAUCCACUUUGAAGAAAGAGACGGUGCUUUGAAGGCUUUAACUGAGCUCAAUGGUAAAGAACUGGAAGGAGAGCACAUUGAAAUAGUCUUUGCCAAGCCCCCUGACCAGAAGAGGAAAGAACGCAAAGCCCAGAGACAAGCUGCCAAAACACAAAUGUAUGAUGAAUACUACUAUUAUGGGCCUCCUCACAUGCCGCCACCCACAAGAGGCCGAGGAAGAGGUGGAAGGGGCGGUUAUUCCUAUGAUUACUACGGCUAUGAAGACUAUUACGAUUACUAUGGAUAUGAUUACCACAACUACCGGGGGGGCUACGAGGACCCCUACGGUUAUGGUUAUGACGACUUCCAAGGGUCUCUGCGAGGACGAGGGGCCAGAGGAGUCCGUGGAGGUGCCAGUCAGACCAGAGGCCGCGGUGUAAUCACACCGAGGGGCCGAGUGGGCUUCACUCAGCGCGGAGGCCUCGGAACAAUCAGAGCGGGGAAGCGGGGCCGAGGGCGUUCCUGACCUGUCACAGUGAAGACUGACUCGAUGUGUGGGUUUACACCAUAAGCUGCAAUGGAUGUUGAAAGACAACAGCAAGAAAAAGGUUCAGUGAAAUUCCAGCCUUACAGAAGAAGAAACAUCUCCCCUCCACCCAUUUUUAUUACUGCUCCGUGUCUCCAUGAACUGCCACCCUUAAAAAAGCAAAAAAAAAAAAAAAAA